GGUGUUUUGUUGUUAUCAUUGGCAUUUGGAAUCCCAGAGAUUUCCAAGAACAUCUGGAGAUGAGAAUCAGUCCGCCUUGACAUCUGGAACCGCCCCUUGGAUUUUCCGGGAUCAAUGGUGAUCGUGUGAUUGAGUGCUGCCAUCAUGUUAGUUCGUGGGUUUCUCACGGGUUUGCUGCUGGCUCUUUUAGCCGCAUUGGCCACGGGCAAACGCCUCAAAGAUCGCAUGUAUCAACCGCUCAUCACCCACGGCUUCUGUUUUCGUCGCACCAAUGGAACGCAUCAAUUUGGAUGCUCUAACAGCAUGGGCGGGGAUGUGGGCGUGGUGCAUGUGCUCUUCGCCGAAUCCGACUUGGAUUGGAUGUUGGAACAGGGCCCGCAUUGGCCGUAUAUGGCCGUGGUGCGGCCCAGUUUAUUUACGGGUGCGAAUGUGGAGCGAAUGAAGCGUUCGGGUAAAAUUGCCGGGAUCGUGGUUGUGAUGAAUGAGGCCUUGGCCAAUGAUGCUCCGGAUGGAUAUUCGGAUGAUCAGUCGUGUCCCAACCAACUCAGCAGUCUUUACUGGGAUUCCCAGGGGCAAUGCGAUCCGGACGAGGCGCCCUGGAAUCCCAACGGUUCCGGGAUGCUCUUGGAGAGUUUUGAUUUCCCGAUUUUCCUCACUCGCCACGAGAACACAACGCAGUUCUUGUUGGAAGAUUGCUUCAACGCCUUUAAUAAACCGCACGAGGAUGGCUCGGCCCGUGAUUGGCCUUUGUGUGCCGUGGAACUGGAUGCCCACAUGUACUCGGCCGUGUCCACGGAAACUUGCCUCAGACGAAGCAACUUGGUCAACACGCUGAAUCCGGUGAAAUUCUGUGACGAACUCGGGGAUUUUAGUUACUUCACGUUCUUGAAAGCCGAAAACACGAGUGAUCCCAGUAUAGUCGAGGAGGACCAAUCGGUCAUCGUGGUCUCGUCUCAACUGGAUUCGAUCACUUUGUUCGAUCUCAACGAAUUUGGAGCGGAUUCACCCAUUACCUCCAUCGUGGCGCUUCUGGAGACCGCGCGAUUAUUGGCGGUCAAUCCGCCCGAUUUUCAAGGGGACGUGUCCAACAUCUUGUUUUCCCUCCUCUUUGGAGAGGCCUUUGAUUAUAUGGCUUCUCAAAGGCUGGUUUAUGACAUGGCUGAGAAUCAGUUCCCGAGGAAAUAUGAUGCGGAAAAAUAUCCUCACGGUCAGAAACCGCUCUUUAAUGUGACCCGAAUCAAUCAGAUCGUGGAAAUUGGGCAGUUGUUCAAUCAAAAAAGCGGCCAGAAGGUAUUCGCUCAUACGGACACUGAAUUUCAAGGGCAAGAAUUGCUGAACGAUCUACUGAGUGCGGCUCGGCGUCAUCAGUUGGAUCUGAGUGCGGCCACAGUCAGUCCAAGCAAAGGACUCCCGCCCGCAUCGAGUCAAUCCAUUUUGAAGGCCCAAAGAGACAUUCCGGCCAUGGUUAUCACGGAUUUUGAUGACCAAUACACCAACCCGUAUUACCACAGUCUCUUUGAUCGUCCCAAAUCGAAUCUGAAUUAUGACCAUGAUCAAGGUCCGGAUCAAGAGGUAGUCCAGCACAUUGGAAGAGUGGCCAGCACCUUGGCCGACUAUCUCUUCGAAAAAGCCUCUUCGUCCAGAGCGCGGGUGCCCACGUUCCAAGCCAACUACACCUUGGUCAACGAGUUGCUGUAUUGUUACCUGGUAAAGCCGGCCUGUCCGUUGUUUCUGGCCGUGGCCAACAAAGAAACCCCGCCGUUCUAUGACCCCUUUCCCAUUGACCCUUUUCCCCAAUACGUAGGAGUGGAUAUCAAAACCCAGUUCCACGGGAUCUUCUCCCAUCAUCUCUUGGCCUAUUUUACCGGCGAGAUUGUCGAAGAGCUCACCAACAACCUCGAGGACUGCCAAGCUCCAGAUGAUCAGGACGUGUUCAGUUACAUGUUCCUCAAAGGCGAAUCCGCCCCCAGUAACUGGACGGGCGAAAAGCCGUGCAACGAGAGUGUUAGUUGCGGCUAUUGCUUCAAGACCUUGUCAUUCCGCAAGGAGUCCAAAAGUCCGGCCUUUGUCAUUGAAGGCUACGAUUUCAAGUCUCUGAACUAUUCCAGUUGGGCCGAGUCCGUUUGGAAGAGUGUGAACGCAAGGAUCUUCCUGAAAGGGGCGCCUUCGUUGGAGGCGGGUUUCUUUGCCAUUGGGGUGAUUGUGUUUGUAUUCAGUUUAGUCAUCGUGUUCUGGUUGAACCGACACGCUUCGGAGAUUUUUGAGCCGGGAACCAGGACAAACUCCACAGAGAGUAGUGCUACCACCGUGUCAACCGCAGGAGGAGCUGCCGGACGUCCUAUUGCCCUGUGAUUGCCAUAUUUUUGUGUACGAUUUGCACCGUCUUGAUCCAUUCCCAAACCAAAGUAUUCAUCCAUUUUUAAACGUCUCUGAAUUAAGCAUUAAGCAUUAAUGUCAAUGAUAAUAACAACAACCUCACAACCUCGUCCAAUAGGA